UUUGACCAUGCCAAUUCGACUGCCAGGUCUUCCACAGUGCACAAUGAUGCUAUAUCAAUCCGCAGGAUGGGACCAGUUCGGGAGUUGAAAACCGGAUCGAGAACCCCGGAUGCCUACGGAAAGCCUUAACUCUGACGGGCAGCUUCAACCACGGUCGGGGAUGAUGUCAUGUCGAGUGAACCUGGGAUCGGGAGGGGUAGAUAUACUGCUGGAUGUGCAGGCCUGGCAGAGGUGUGUUCACCUCCUAAUCGGCCCACGAGACAUUCCCAAUCAGUAUGGUCUACAACAUCACCGAGAAAGAAACGCAGCCUACUAUUUGGAGCCACAUCAAUGGCUCCGAGGGCGAUAUCCUCGAUCGCUACUGCGUCUCCGAGCUCUGCAAGGGUUGGCCAGUAUAUCGCGACGCCUCCGAAUGGAACCACUACCGCCAUCUCUUUGUCGACAAGGGCGCUUUUGUCUUCACUACCUGGAGCGGCGGACUCCCCAUAGACGAUUUCAUCCAGACAUCCAUCAAGGGACGCGCCAACGGAGACCACAUCAUGCAUCGCGAAAACGGCACGCUCGUUGACCUGAACCCGACCACCGGUCGCGCCAUCGGUAAAAUGAAGGCCACCAUCACUCAACGCUUCAGCUGGGACGGAGUUGAGUUUGACGUCGAGUGUGAUUGCCGCUUCAUAAACUUUUGUCUGAAACAGGGAGGGGAUUGGAAAGUGGUCUACAUAAAAUUGUUCUACGAGAAGGAUCGCGUCACACCCGCAGAUGGCCAGACGGUGCCGAAAUUUGACCGGGCGGAGUUGGAGAAAUACCCCAAGGGAUACCAGUAUCUGGCAGUGGCACAGGCCAAGUUGGGCCAUCCCAUCUUGAAUGAUUUGCCGACGAUGAACAACAAGGCGUUCUUCAAAUUGUACGAGGCAAUGGAUGCGUGGAUGGAGGCCCGACCGGUCGGAGAUCUACUGGAGAUUCCCAAGGAAGCGGCGCCACGGUACUGAAUUCAAACCACCUAAUGCC